AUGACGUUCGAAGAGCCGAAAUUUGAAAGCUCGCUGACUUCAACGAUCCUCGGCUCAAUCGAGACGCCGUCCAACAUAUUUUUACAUGUAAAUCCCGCAGAGGAAACUAGUUCUAAACAAGAGGCUGAAACUAAUAUCACGUUCGAAAGUAUUGUUGAAAGCACUGAAGAUGACCAUGUGGAAAGUGAGCAUCAGCUACAACUCAUUUUGGACUGUAUUCUGCCACCCAGAGUUUACGAACAAAAUGGAAAGUUGUGGAAACAACAAGCAUCGUUACAUCCAGCGACGAGAUUGGAUAUGAUAAACCUUGAAGAAAAACUAGAAAGCGAGUUGAAGGAUAGAGGCGCAAAACCGUUUGGAAUUUGUCCCAUUCGACGGGACCUCUACGCUCAAUUCUUCGAUGAGCUAAUCCGUCAGGUCAGUGUAUCUUGUGCAGAACGCGGACUUUUGUUGGUUCGUGUUCGUGACGAGAUUCGGAUGACGUUUGCAGCAUAUCAGAACGUAUUAGAGUCGGCCAUCGCUUAUGGUGUUCGAAAGGCCUUAUUCAUUGAAAACGAACAAACCAGAGCCACGACUGAAUGGAAAGUGCAGAAGGAGAAAAACAAGGAACUUCUUCUGAAGAUUGCCCAAUUGGAGAAAAAAUUGGCAACAGAUAAAAUUGUAAGCGAGGAGGAAUUGGAAAUUGUGGAGCAGCGAAUGAAGGAUACCAACGAGCGUCUUGUGGAGGCUAAUCGGAUUCUAAAGAACCAACUUCAAUCUAUACUCCAAAUGGAUGAUAUGUCCCAUGUGAAAGUUGGAGAUACAGUGGCACAAUAA